AUGGGGAAGCCAGGGCAGCUCUCAGGCCUGAAGGAGAGCCGCUGGCUCAGGGGUGUGCUCCAUUCCCAGGUUCCUGGCAUGCACCUAGGAAGCCCAGCAGGGCCACCCAACCACCUGCCCCAGCUGGAGGUCCUGAGAGGGCAGAUUAAAUACUCUGGGGUCCUGAAUUCCACAGAUGAACUGGGUCUCCCACAGGUGCAGCUCCUGUACAGCGGGCCAACCCAAGAUGUGCCUGUGUCUCCCAUUUUCAGGCUGGCCUGCUGCACAGGACCCGCGCCUGAUCUUAGAGCCACGGGAACACCCGGGAUUUUCACAGCCCCCACCCUGCACCCAGUUGACCAGAGGUCUUGGCACCAGGGCAGCCAAGACCAGCCCCCCUCUUCUCAGUUUGAUGCCUGUGUGAAUAGAUACCCCUUUUGCCUUCUUGCCCUAGGUCCUAACUUUGAGUACAUCAUCGCAGAAAAAAGGGGGAAGAAUAACACCGUGGGGUUGAUCCAGCUGAACCGCCCCAAGGCCCUCAAUGCACUUUGCAAUGGGCUGAUUGAGGAGCUCAAUCAGGCACUAAAGACCUUCCAGGAAGACCCGGCCGUGGGGGCCAUUGUCCUCACCGGUGGGGAUAAGGCCUUUGCAGCUGGAGCUGAUAUCAAGGAAAUGCAGAACCUGAGUUUCCAGCACUGUUACUUCCAAACGUUCUUGAACCAAUGGGACUACCUCACUCAGGUCAAGAAGCCAGUCAUCGCUGCUGUCAAUGGCUAUGCUCUUGGCGGGGGCUGUGAGCUUGCCAUGAUGUGUGACAUCAUCUAUGCCGGCGAGAAGGCCCAGUUUGGACAGCCGGAGAUCUUACUAGGGACCAUCCCAGGUGCAGGUGGCACCCAGAGACUCACCCGUGCUGUCGGGAAGUCACUGGCGAUGGAGAUGGUCCUCACCGGUGACCGGAUCUCAGCCCAGGAUGCCAAGCAAGCAGGUCUUGUAAGCAAGAUUUUCCCUGUUGAGACACUGGUGGAAGAAGCCAUCCAGUGUGCAGAAAGAAUUGCCAGCAAUUCUAAAAUUAUAGUAGCAAUGGCCAAAGAAUCAGUGAAUGCAGCUUUUGAAAUGACGUUAACAGAAGGAAGGAAGUUGGAGAAGACCCUCUUUUAUUCAACCUUUGCAACUGAUGACCAGAAAGAAGGGAUGGCUGCGUUUGUGGAAAAGAGAAAGGCCAACUUCAGAGACCAGUGAGAAGCAGCUGCCCCUGCCCUACACCUCCACCUGGAGAGGAAAAGCAUAGGCUGUCAGUUUUAGAAGCAAGUAAAUCACCCUCUUUUCAAGGGCAGUGUCCCUGGCGUGCAGUUUUUCUUCAGCUGCUGUGUGGUCACGGCCCGGCCCUCACAGCACGAAGGUCUCCUUCACCCAGCCUGUGAGGGUCCAUGUUUGUAUCUGACGGGAGCAUCUUCUUCUAAAUCUAAGAUUCUGCUGAGGAGCCCCCCGCCAGCCCCUCUGGGUACGCUGUGUUCAGGCAGAAAGCAGCCCUGCGGGUGCUUGUGUCCCUGUGUUAGAGAACGGGGUUGCUCCCAGGGAAACACUGUCUGCUGCCUUCACACAGACGCUCUGCACGUUAAAGUGACAGUGAUUCAG